AUGCCACCUAAAUUUUCAUACAAUUUGGCCACUGAUUGGGCACUAGUAGAAAUCGAUCUCUACAACACCGAACUGCGAAGCUCAAACCGCGAACUCUCCCUAAAUACGAGAACGAUAGUCGUUGAGCGAUGGCGACCGAAGGGAUUCACGGGACUCGCAGGCGGCAUUCACCGAUCUGAUGGUGAGGGGAGGUCGUCAUCUCCGGUGUUCGACGCGCAGAAGCGAAGAAGCAGCGGAACUGCUGUUGUCUCGGUGGGUGUAGCGAGGGGCUGCUCAAGCAGCCUCUCGACUGUUUGCUUCGUUUCCGGUCGCGAGGGGCGAACAGGGGGGACGAAGAGCUGGUUCUGUGCUUCGGUGGUGCACACGCAUAAGGAAGCAACAACAGGGUGUGCCAAGACACAGGGAAGGAAAGAAACACAAAUGUCUUCCGGUUUGCAGAUACACGAAGGAAGAAGAACAGAUGAAUGCUUUAACAAGGAGAUGUUUACUAAAGAGGGUUCGUUGACAGGGGACAACGAAGAAAAGAGAAAGAGUGCAGCAAUGCCGAAGGAGAAGAUAGGGGAUAGCAGCGGUGUUUGGUGUUUGAGUUAUUAUUGCAAAAAGUCUUCAAAUUAUCCAGCUGUAUUUGAGUGUUGUCUAAUCAUCCACAUUAUUUGAGGAAGGAAAAGCUGCUUUUGAGUGGAGAAGGACAAAAAAAGAAAGCUAAGUCUAGCUGUCUUUAUUUUUAUUUAUUUAUUUAUUUAUUUGUAUUUGGCAGAUCAAAUAGAUCUAUUUGUGUAUGUAUUUA